AGAGAGAGAGAGAGAGAGAGAGAGAGAGAGAGAGAGAGAGAGAGAGAGAGAGAGACAGAGAGGAAGUGACGUGGAUCUGUAGGCAGGAGUGAAAGUAUGAAGACAUACUUGGUGAGAUUCGAUGGCGGGUCUCGGGGGAAUCCGGGUGUGUCGGGAUCCGGUGCAGUGCUGUACAGUCCGGAAGGUCGAGUGUUGAGUGAGGCCUCUGUGUAUGUGGGGCCGCAGUCGACGAACAACGUCGCGGAAUUUGAGGGGCUGAUCGUGGGGUUGAGAAUGGCUAUCGCUCACCGCGUUGGGAGUCUGAGAGCGGAGGGCGAUUCUGAGCUGAUCAUCAAGCAGAUGAACGGGGUUUAUCGCGUGAGAAAGCCUCAUUUGGUCCCUCUUUACCAGAAAGUCCGAAACAUGGCCGACAGGUUUGACUUCAUAGAGUUUGUACACAUUGAGCGCGCGAAGAACCAUGUCGCCGACGCUCUGGCAAACAAGGCAAUGGAUGAAAGGAGGACACGAUUGCCGUCCAUCUUUAGGGGACUAGACGCCGUGGAAGCGGGAGAGGAGGAGGAGGAGGAGGAGGAGGGAGGAAGGAGGGACUUCGCUUCGCUGUACAAUGGAGGAGAGUUGCGCUACAGCUACGGUUACGGCGAUACCAUAGACGGUCAGACCAGCUCACUGCGCCCACUCAUCAGCAAGAAGAGAGACCUUAGCGUGAUGACGGGUGGCGGCCAUUCUACUAGCUUCGCGCCAGCCAUGGGGGAGACCUCCCGCGUUAGUCCGUCGUCUCCUGAUACCCCAAUGGAGAAACGACCGAGGAGCUGUGAAGCCGGUCGAGCUGUCACAGUCUUCCGCCGUGGGGCGUGCUGCGUAUCGGGAUUGCCGAUGAUGGGUGUUUCUCACGAUUCCCCUGCAUCGUCAUCAUCCCAGGGUGAGGUUCGGUCUUUGUCGCCACCUUCAGGUUCUCGGCAGCAGGAGCUUUAUCAAUUGACAGUGUGCUCUGCUCCACCGGCCUCAUCGUCCCCACAGUCUGCUCCAAGUGGUCCCCCUUCUCCAGGGCCUGCGCAGAACCGCCACCACCAUGGGACGUGCAUAUCGCCUGCAGUGCCAGAUGCUCUAGCUGCUGGGGAAGAAGAGGAAGAGGAGGGAGGGGAGGAGGAGGAUGGGGAGGGGCAUGAACAGGAGGAGGAGGAGGAGGAGGAGGAGGAGGAGCACGGAGCUAAUCUGCAUCAUGAUUGCAGUGGUGGCCGCUGUGGGACUAAGACUUACCGGUUUGCUGGGAAACCUAUGAGGACAAUCGAGGCUUUGCGAAGUGCAUUUCCUGAGCUUUCGAUUUCGAAAAUCCUGGAGCUUAUCAUUGGCUGGGCUCAGCCGCAGAUCGACGUGUGCCUGGCUGCAGCAGCUCGAGAGCGUGCUGGCAUUGAUUUUGAAUCGCUUCCAUCUCCUGAUGUCAUUGCACGCAAGGCGGCCCGCGGCAUGCCGCCUUCACUGUCAAGUCUUCCCGAGAUAGCAGCUCGGCCAUCGCUGGCGACCACACGCUCGCCCCCAGCGCCGCCAUGUAUUGACUUCGAAUCGCUUCCACAAAUAGCACCCAACCCGGCACCCGCCCCUGUUGAUUUCAGCCGGUUGCCUGAGAUUGUUCCGUUGUCGCGUCUCGCGUGGGAUGUGGGGACCACCACCUUUCCCACACGGGGAGGAGCCCCGAUGAUGCCAACCUCACAGGGCUGCUCGCUCGCUGGAUGGGAGAGGAAGCCCAGUGCCCUUCCCCCCUCCUCCCCUCCGCGCAUGUCCGCCCAAAUGCAGGAAGAAGCAGGGCACCGUGGGUCAUCCCCAUCAGUAGUGAAUCUUCUUGAGAUGUCACCGAUGGCACCUUUGACGUAUGGACGCACGCAAGACGAAGCUGGAGCGCUGGAGCCGACAGGUAAGUUCUCAGAGGCCCCAUUUUGCACUUGCGGAAAACCCUCAGUGAAGCGGUGCGUGAAGAAGGAAGGGCCAAACAGGGGAAGGUUCUUCUACGUUUGUGCGGACACAGAACUUCGCUGCAAGUUUUUUCAGUGGAUGGACGAUGAUGAGAGGGGGGAUGCUUCUCCAAAGAAACAAGGAAAGGGAAAAGAGCUCGUUCCGAAGGGAAGGGGAAACCAACCAUCUGCUUCGUACACCGUAUUCGGGUCGGGAGUGACAGAGAAGGAGAGAGAACUGUUCUGUGGGACUCGUGUAAACCUCCGUCCAGAGCAUGGCGGGGGUGUGCGAGUAUCUUAUCCGUACCACCCAGAUAGGAACGAGGCAUUGAAAAAGAGAAUUGACGGCUACAAGUGGCUGCCAGAGACAAAGGAAUGGUUUUGUCCUGAGUACAGUGUGCCUACUCUGCGUUCGUUCCUGCGCUCGGUGGGCAUUCCCUUUCCUUGGUGAUCACCAAUGCCUAUCACUUCCUUAGCGACUGUAUCCUCCUUUUCUUUGCGUUUUCUAUCCUCGUGAUUGCUGCUCAGGAUC